AUGAAAGAGGGGGAGCCAUUUUGCUGCUAUGAUUGCACCCCAUGUCCAGAAGGGAAGUUUUCAGAGCAGGAGGGUAAGAAAUAUGCUGUGUAAAGUUAUCAUGUAAUUUGGCCAUAAUGAAGAGGACACAUCAAAGUGCAGCAUCACAAAGCAAAAACAAAGGAGAAUGAGGAGGAUGCAGCAGACUAAUUUAUUUAUCCAAAUUGCAUAAACAUAAAUCCCAACAUAUUUCAAACACCAGACCUUCAUUAGGGUAGCGUAAAAAAAUGUAUAUUUAAAUAUUGCAAUGAAUGUUGUGAAAAUUGUUUUCUAGCAAACCUUGUUUGACGUGUAUUGGACUUGCUUUGCGGUGCUAUCAGUUAUUCUCUCACACCUGUUAUAUGCUCACGUGUUUCUUUAAGUCAAAAUAAAUUUCAUAUAAAAUAACUGUCAAUUGUAGUAUCUAAAUGGAAUAUUCAUUCACCAGCCAGUCUACAAUCAUUAGGUAAAAAAGGAUCACAUGUGUUCAGGGGAGGCGGAAUCUUGUGCAGAUAUGAGUGAAUUGGGUCAUCCUGUCUGCAAGUCACCGAUUCUGCAUCCAGUCCCCACUAAAUAAUACAUAGAAUACAUAGGAAAGCAAACACAAAUAAAUGCAUAGAAACAAGCUGGUUGCUUGAGACUGGAGAUUUUGGCAUUAGAUAAAUAGAGCUGGUCAAAUGAAAUGGGCAAACUUUAGAGAUCUAGCCAUUCACAAUGGCUUUCACCAGUAGUUCCCUCUGACAACCAGUAAAGGUAGGCAGGAGGUGUUCAAUACUACAAAAUAAGGGAUUGUGUUGAGCCGUGUUUGGGCAUUAACCUGAAACUGGGCUGAAACUAUGGAUGGAGGUAUGGGAGUGCAUGGGCAUUCUCACCCUCAACCUCUAGAUGCGUGGACUCCUCUUCAGAUCUUUAAGUAUUUGGCAUGAAUGGCUGAAGGGGGUUUCUAAGUACAUUCUGUUGAAUCCCCUUAGAAGCAUUCAUGCAAACACUUGAGCAUAGUUUUGUUGUGCUGCCUAUCCAGUUACUUAACAGCUCGUGAAAAUUAUUCUUAGCAUGUUGUUGGAUAGCCACAGACUUCUGUGCUGGGAUAUUCGCUUGUGGAAGAUUAUUCCUUAUGUGACUCCUUUCCUCCAUCAAUGUUACAUAACGUGAGCGGAAGUGCCAUAUCAAUUGCAUACCACUUAUUCCACUUCAAAACAAAAUGAGAAAAGCCUCAGGAAUGAACAAAGGAAAUGAUAAAUACAUAAAUAAAUAUUUUGUUCGAAAGAACAUAAUACCUUCAUGAGGAUGCUAGUUAAUGAAUGGUAACCUACUCCACCAUCUCCUAACUGGACACAUUUCAAAGGAUUGACCUUAAAAGGAUUUCCUAAUAAGAAUUGGUUUUUUAAAAAACCUUAUAAGAUAAAGAGUUACAACAUGUUUGGCUUGUAUGUUAACUUGUGGUUACCUAAUUUCUUUUUCAGACAUGAACGACUGUUCUACGUGUACGGACAAAACCUAUCCAAGCAACAGACAAGAUUUCUGUAUUCCUAAGGUCAUUACAUUUUUGUCUUACACAGAACCUUUGGGAAUCAGUUUUACCUUUUUGGUCCUUUCUUUUUCUUUGAUCACAGCUGUGGUGCUAGGAAUGUUUAUGAAGCACAACGACACUCCCAUUGUCAAGGCCAACAAUCGCAAUCUCACCUACACUCUCCUUUGCUCUCUCCUGCUCUGCUUCCUCUGUGCAUUACUAUUCAUUGGCCAGCCUGGGGAGAUGACAUGUCUCCUCCGACAAACUGCUUUUGGCAUCAUCUUUUCAGGGGCUGUUUCUUGUGUGCUGGCUAAAACCAUCACAGUGCUUCUGGCUUUUAUGGCCACUAAACCUGGAUCUAGGAUGAGGAAGUGGGUGGGGAAAAGACUUGCCUCCUUCUUUGUUCUUUUCUGCACCCUUCUUCAAGCAGGCAUUUGUACUGUGUGGAUAGUAACCUCUCCCCCAUUUCCAGAUGUUGACAUGUGGUCAGUAACGGAGGAAAUUGUCCUGGAAUGUAACGAGGGUUCAGUUACUAUGUUUUAUUGUGUUUUGGGCUAUAUGGGCUUCCUGGCAAUUAUCAGUUUCAUUGUGGCUUUCCUUGCCAGGAAGUUACCUGAUAGUUUCAAUGAAGCCAAAUUCAUCACUUUCAGCAUGUUGGUCUUUUGCAGUGUUUGGCUAUCCUUUGUUCCAGCCUACCUGAGCUCCAAGGGUAAAUACCUAGUUGCUGUGGAGAUCUUUUCUAUCUUGGCCUCCAGUGCUGGACUGUUGAGUUGCAUCUUUGCCCCAAAAGUUUACAUUAUUGUGUUGAGGCCUGAGCUGAACAACAGGGAACAGCUAAUAAGAAAGAAAGCAUGAAGAUAUAUUUAACCCUAUUCAGGCAUUAGAACAAGUGCCGUAGCUCCCCCCCCCCCAACACCUAUUUUCAUUGCCCUCGUUUCAUGCAGGGUAAGUGUAUGAAUUAGAGAGCCUCCUAUAUCCAUUGAGGUUACUAAUACAGUGGUACCUUGGGUUAAGAACUUAAUUCAUUCUGGAGGUCCUUUCUUAACCUGAAACUGUUCUUAACCUGAGGUACCACUUUAGCUAAUGGGGCCUCUUGCUGCUGCCGUGCCGCUGACGCACGAUUUCUGUUCUCAUCCUGAAGCAAAGUUCUUAACCCGAUGUACUAUUUCUGGGUUAGCAGAGUCUAUAACCUGAAGCGUCUGUAACCUGAAGCGUCUGUAACCAGAGGUACCACUGUAUGUUUAUGAUGAUAUGUCGUCGCUUGUCAGUUUCACUGCCUCCAGAUUUCCCUAUAGAGCUGUAAUUUAACUGCACAGGGAGUCCAAAUGGAGAGGUCCAGCACACUGUCUGUUCCAUCUGUACAGUAUCAGUUUCAAUUAUUGAAACCUGAGUACAAGAUGUUUGCAGUUGUACAUACAUAAAACAUUCAGAAUAAUUCCUAAAAAUCAUUAAUAGUUCUCCUCACCAUAACCAUGUAAAGAGUACGCCACUAAACAGGCCCCUGUGCCAUGUGGUUGUCUGUACAGUCAUACCUUGGAUCCUGAACGCCUUGGUACUCGGACGUUUUGGCUCCUGAACCCCGCAAACCCAGAAGUGAGUGUUCUGGUUUGCAAACGUUCUUUGGAACCCGAAUGCCCAGCAGGGCUUCCGCAGCUUCCUGUAGUCAAUCAGAAGCCGCACUUUGUUUUCUGAACAUUUUGGAAGUCAAACGGACUUCCGAAAUGGAUUCCAAUUGACUUCCAAGAUACGACUGUAUAGUUCUUUGUCCUAGGGUUUCUCAAAGUUCACAGUUCCAGUAGAUUAACUGGCCAAAAUUGCAGGUUCCUUCUUCCUGGAGCUGUUCAAAUUCUCUUUGGCUUUCCCUCACAUUCUUGCCCCAAAGAAAUCUCCCUAGCUGCCUGCAGAGCAUCAUGAAGAAACAAUGUUGGAAAAAUUGUGAUCAUUUCUUCUUUCUUACUAAGACUGUAGGGUACCUCUCCAAUUUUCUCCCCUUUGCUACCCCAGGGCAAAUCUAUUUCAUCUCCUGCCCCACACCACAAAUCAAAAUCCUGCCACCAGGCUUUGUCUGGAGGCACCUAAUUUAGAAACCCAUGGCAGAGCUCACUCAGAUUGGUGGCUAGAAAUCCCUCCAUGCUUACUCCAAUCAUCUCUGAAGAGCUUCAAUGGGCUAAACAAAGGCAUAUGACUUUCCCAGUUUGCCAUCCAAACCCAUGGGUGAUCUGGGCUGCUUUCCCUAGCAUUGGGAAGCAUCCCCCACCCCACAAAGCCAUCUGGAAGUACCCAAAGGGCAACAUCACUGGCACUUUUUACUUCACCAAAAUCAGCAGGAGCCUCCUGCUCUCCUAGCGCAUGCAGGCACAUCUCUUGGAGGUUUGCCUAUGUGUUUCCCCCCAGUGAGGGAAAACUGUAGCAUCAACUUGAACUACUCAAGAAGUGUUGCUGGCACUGUCAUCCAAUAAAACUGAAUGUUGGAAAAUCCAUGCCAGUCAAAAGGAAGUACAUUUUGGGGGCCUUGAAGUUAUGAACUGUUAUGGAGGCUCCUUUGUUCAGAUGCCUCAAACUUCUUCUUCUCCAACUCCAUUUGUGAAAAACAAUAUUAAGUUGAUGAUUACCUACUCCUGUAAUUGUGAAAAGGACUGUAAUUAAUUCAACUACUUGGCAAUGCUUCUUCCCGAGGAGUUUCAGUGGACAGAAGCAAAAGUAAUAGCACAAUGUAUGAAGGAUAAUAUAAAUAUUCAAUUUAAUAGUUGUAGGAGCAGGAACUUUGGGGGGGAAACAAGGAACCACCUGUUUGAGUCUAAACACAAUCUCUGUUUAGAGAGGAAAUUUGUACUGAGGAUGGUGACAUUAGUAGUCUCGAUAUUGGUACUACUUCCUCACAUGGCAUGCAAGCCUCACAUUAACUGCAUGGUAAGAGCUCCACACAAUCCAAUUCACGAGUAUCAUCAGUUGGGAGGCAACAUAAUUGGUGGCAUCACUUCUCAGACCUUCAUAAUCUCCAACUCGCUAACCUUCACUGGAGCACCUCCACCCGUGUUGUUUGAAGAGCUCGCGUAAGACCUUGAUGUUGCUAUUGUUGGUUGUUACAGUUUCUGUUUCCAUUAAGGAUGUGAAUUACAGUCUUUCUCCAAGUUUGUCAAAUAAUUUUCAUGUGAACUUAAAUACUAAUUUAAUUAUAUUCAGAAUGGGAGACAGAUCAAGUUCAUCUGGUUUUGACAGUACUAGUGAUGGCUUCCUUCACUUAAACAUUUUAGAAACUACCAUCAAUGAAGCCAGAAAUAUUAAUGGUCAGUGAUAAGCGAUCUUAAUUUGUAUUUCUUACCACUUGCUCUGAUUGAUGUCAUUUACUUAUAGAAUUUGAAAAUGUCUUUGUAAGAGAGCUGGGGUGUUUAUAUAUUUGUAUAUAAUAAGGAAGGACAUGUCAAGGGAGAUGCAACAGUUUUACAAAACAUGGAAGUUUCUCCAAACACAGAAUACAACUUCAAUUCUAGUGCAGUUAUCACCACACUCUGAGCAUGUUCUUAAAAUAUGGAUUUCACCUUCAACUGUUGGGGGUACUUCACCAAGAACUUAUAAAGUGUUCUGUAUUCUGAGGCAUUCUUAAGAAAAGAUCCAGUAAUGUCAUAGAAUACGAUAUAUAUCAAGAAUGGGAGUAGGUGUUCACAUGCAUCGAAAACAACCUUCUGAAAAUGUCAAAUCGUAUGGUUCAUGAUAACACAUGGAACUUUAUACUGGUAACUUAUCAAUAAACUAUAUUGAGUGCAUUGUUGUAAAGGAGAAUACAGUUGUCUAAUAUUUGUGAGGCCUUCUUAGGGCUAAGAAUUGCCUAAAGAAAGUUUGUACAUAAAUACUGUAAGGAAGUAUAGGCAGUACAACAUAGUCCACAUUUUACAAUGUGUGGGAUACCCUAAUAUGCUGUACUUUUUUUUUAGGGUUGUGCCUAAGAAUUACCAGCACAUCCUGGCUUUGGCAUUUGCUGUAAAGGAGAUAAAUGAAAACUCUCAGAUUUUACCCAAUACUUCCUUGGGCUUCCACAUUUACGACAGUUACUUCAAUGCAAAGAGUACCUAUCAUGCCACAAUGCAGCUUAUGUCUUCAAAAGAAAAAAUAGUUCCCAACUACAUAUGUGACAUUCAGAAUAAAUUAAUAGCAAUUGUUGGGGGACUGGAGCCUCUAAUUUCUCAUUAUAUUGCAACUGUAUUGGAUAUCUACAAGAUUCCACAGGUAGAUUGUGUAGAUGUCUCUAUAUUUAUGUGGAAUGUGGGAGUUCAUCCAUUUAAAUGCUUUUUUUCACCGCACAGGCAAGAUUGUGGGUCUGGAAACUGAAGUGGGUGAAGGCAUGUAGGAAAUAUUUCCUUGUUUAGGAAUGUCAAAUGGAAGCUGAGAUACAGAUCAUUAUAAAUGAGAGUGUUGGAAAUAUAACAGCACCUACAGAAGAAAGUAAAUUGUCUAGUGAUGGUGGGUAGGUGGAAGAAAGGAAUAUCAGCAAUAAUUACAGCCACAGCAUAUGACAGGCAGACCAAUCCCCUGACUUGUUGUAAGUAAGAUGGCAGCCAGAUGUAGACUUUCUGAGAAAAGACAGACGUUGAUAAAGCAUUGCCCCAUUUGCCAUACUGAACCAGCCUCCAUUAAAACAAUUCCUGUGCUUGUAAUAAAAACUUAUAUACCAACAGUUUGAAGAAAGGGGUUCUGUGGGCCAAAGUUGGGCUUCUAGUUAGUUACUUAGUUAGUUAUUCAUUCUUAUUUCCUUUUUUUAGCUCAUAUAUGGCCCUGCUCCAGUGAUGAAUGAUAAAACCACAGGCCUUUCCUUCUACCAAAUGUCUCCUAAAGAUGCUCUUCAGCAUGCAGGCAUUCUGACUUCGCUUCUCCAUUUCAAUUGGACAUGGAUUGGGAUCCUUACAUCCAAUGAUGAAUAUGGAGAAAGAUUUGUGCAGACAGUGUUUCCAGUAUUCUCCAGAAAGGGUAUUUGUUUUGCCUUCAUAGAAAGAAGCAACAAAUUUACCAUUGUCACAGAAAUGUAUGAUAAGCUACAUGAGGGAGCCAAAAUAAAUGAUAGAAUCACUGACAGCAAAGCCAAUGUAGUGGUUGCUAAUGGAGAAUCCUAUCUCAUUGUGUAUUUGAGGUGGCUACCAUAUGCCUCAGAAAGAGAAUGUACAAUAAAUAAAGUGUGGAUAUUAACAGCUCAGAUAGAGCUCACUUCAAUGGUGUAUCAAAGAACCUGGGAUACAGACAUAGUCCAUGGUGUUCUGUCCUUCUCUAUUCACUCCAGUGAUCUGCCAGGAUUCAAGACAUUUAUUGAAAGCAAAAGCCCUUCAUUCACAACAGGAGAUGGCUUUAUCAGGGAUUUCUGGCAGCAGGCCUUUGGUUGUGUAUUCCAAAGUAUAGAUGGGGAUAAGGUGGAUGGAGACAUUUGCACAGGAAAAGAGAAGUUGGAAAGCCUUCCUGGGACAUUUUUUGAAAUGAGCUUGACUGGCCACAGCUACAGCAUCUACAAUGCUGUUUAUGCUGUGGCACAUGCUUUACACUCCAUGUCUUCAUCUCGACUGAAUCAUCCAUCAGUGGUUGAAGGAAGGUGGAGGAACCUUCAGAAUCAGCAGGUGUUGCAGGUAAUGGAAUGAAAUUCCUCCUGUUGGAAGGCAACAUAUCUCUCAGAAUAUAUAACAAUAUGCUCCAAUCAGAUCCUUCUUGUGGGCUUCCCAUUGACAUCUGGUUGGGCAUUGUAAGAACCAUACGCUGCACUUGAUAGGCUAUGGACUGAUCUAGUAGGUAUCUAUUCUGUUUGGUAAAAGGUCUCCACAAACUCUUCCCAUCCUCUCAUUGGCAUCUUCUUUCUCAUGUUACUGUGAGCAGGCUCUGAGACUAUAGACUUGUAGAGUUGGAAGGGACUACUAGGGUUAUCUAGUCCAAUCCUGUAAUCUACUAUAAGAACUGUAUGCUGGACCAGGGAGGAUUUUUGACUUAUCUAGCAGGUCUUUUUUUUAUUCUGUCUAAUAAAAGGUCUCCCCUAACUAGGGUUGCCAUAUUUCAAAAGCUGAAAAUCUGGACACAAAAAUUGUUCUGCUUUUUUUGGCAAAGUUAUUGAGCAUUGGCAAAGUUGUUGAACAUUUUAGCCACUUUCAGAAUAUUCCACCUGGACACAAUUCUGAACCUAAGGCAGACCUACCCCAAACUCUGCUCAUUCUCUUCUUUCCAUCUUCUUUCUCUAUAUUAGUGUUGAUAUGUUCUGAGAUUAUAGAAUUGUAGAGUUGGAAGGGGCCACUAGGGUAAUCUAUUUUCCCAACGUGGGGCUAGAACUCCCAGCCCUGAGACUAGGAGUCUCAUGCUCAACCGACUGAGAUGCUUCCCUCUUUUUCUACUGGUGAACUUAAAAUAUACACAUUAUAGUUUUGCUGCUAUACAUUUACUAAUUCAUGCUACCUCUGAUUCAUGCUGCCUCUUGGCUCUCAGAAACUGCCACAACUACACUGUGAGUCCAUUAAGAAGUGUGUGUAUUUGCUGGUAAGAGGCUUUCAGAUCCAGUAAUGUUGUGUUUAGAAGAGGCAGGUUUCAUUUAGAAGAUGUUGUCCAGUAGAAGUAAGAUAGAACCUUUGAAACUCUGCAACUACAGCCAGAAUCCAAUUUACUAAGGGCAGCUCUACUAUGUUUUUUGACCAGUAAUGUUGAAUAAGUUUAUGAAGUGCUAAAUUAAUUGUAUAUGGUGAAAAAGGCGAUGGAUUUAGAAAAUGCAUUUGAUACCUAAUUUAAAGUGCACUCUUUAACCUUUAAAACACUAAAUGACUUUUAAUCAAGAGUGACUGGCCCAAAGUGCAAAGUGAGGCAACUGCCUUAGGUGGCAGGAUCCAUUGGGGCAGCAGAGCCUGAUGUUGGUAUUACUUUCCCAUUUGCUCCUAAUAUCUUCUCUCACCCAUUCUUUCCUGGAGCCAUUUCGGGGUCCUGCGAUUCAGAAUGGGAUGUAAAUGGGUUGCUUCCACCCAGGGAAGAUGUUUGUAUGAUUUGCUGUAAAAGAUUCCACAGAAAUACAGCUUCUCCUAAGCUUCUUUUCUUUUUCAACUCAGCUCCAUCACUUUCUGAAAAUUGUCUCCUUUAACAACAGUGCUGGAGACAAGAUCUCCUUUGACCAGAAUGGGGAGUUAGUGACUGGAUUUGAUAUUAUAAACUGGAUUAUUCCCGCAAACCAAUCCUUUCAUAGAGUGAAAGUUGGGAGAAUGGAUCCCCAGGGUUCUCCGGACCAAGUGUUCACCAUCAACAAGGAUGCCAUCACAUGGCACAAUUGGUUUAAUCAGGUAGGAUUCAGUUGGGAACUGCUUGGGAAACUAUUCAGUUUCAUCGAAUGAACAAUGUUCAGCCCAUGACAAAUACCGAGUUUUGAUUAGAAAUGAUACAACUUAUGUAGAAAGUAAGACUCAAAAAAUUUCUGCACUGUUUGCUUUGCUGUUGAAUAUAUUAAAUGUGUUGAAAAGAAUAAACAUAUGUUUGUGCUAGUUGGAUUAUACACACAAUGCCACAACAGGCAACAAGAUGUCUAUGAGAAGACUGAAAGCAGGACUUGAGAGCAGCAGUGUUCUGUCCAUUUGCAAUUUGUAGCGAUUGGUAUAAUAAUAAUAAUAAUAAUAAUAAUAAUAAUAAUUUAUUUAUACCCCACCCAUCUGGCUGGGUUUCCCCAGCCAUUUUGGGCGGCUCCCAACAGAAUAUUGAAAACAUGAUAAAAGAUCAAGCUGUAAAAACUUCCCUAAACAGAGCUGCUUUCAGAUUUCUUCUAAAAGUCAUGUAGUUUUUUGUUUCCUUGUCAUCUGAUGAUAGGGCAUUCCACAAGGUGGGCACCACUACUGAGAAGGCCCUCUGCCUGGGUCAGACAAUUGUUGCUUCCAACAGUUGUGGUAAAAAUUAGCUAGUGGCACUUGGUAGACUUCUUCUCCAUGAAUUUGUCUAAUCCUCUUUUCUAAGCUAAAAAUCCCCAAAUAUUGUAAUCUUUGUAAUAUUGUAAACCCUGUAGGUUUUCUUUGCUUUCAAUUUGUUUCUAAAUGUUUUAAAUUUUUUAUUUUAAUAGUGUAUUAAGAUAAAGGGCUUGUUAAGAAUGAUGAUGACAAUGAUGUAGUUGCUCCAGCACUUUGAUGACUUUGCUUAUUCUUCUCUCAGCCCUUUUCAGUUCAUCAGUAUUCUUUUUGAGGUGCAGUAUCUAAAACUCUUCUGAACAUUCCAGCUGUGGUCUCACAUUAAAUUUGUGACUGAGACAUUCACAUCAACGUGUGUACUUCAUGAAGAUAUUGAUCAAGUGUGCAACAGCUGUGAAAAAGCCAAAUUCUAAAUUAGGGAACAUUAGGAAGGGGGGUGGAAAAAAAACUUGGCAAUAUCUUGUUGACAGAAUUAAAACCUAUGGUGUGACCACACUUGGAUUACUUCACACAGCCCUGGAUAUUUCACAUCUCAGAAGGAUGCCAGAUAAAGUUAUGGAUGAGUGGUCCCAGUUUGGUUUAAGUUAUACAUGAAUAUCAUCUUAAGAACUUGAGACUUCUUUUCAAGAUAAUCAUUCUACUUUUUCACUUACAAAUUAGGUCCAGCCUCUUUCUGUAUGUUCUGAAAGUUGCUAUCCCGGUUCCAGCAAGAAAGUGAAGGAGGGAAAACCGUUUUGCUGCUAUGAUUGCAUCCCAUGUCCAGAAGGAAAGUUUUCAGACCAAAAGGGUGUUGGGUUGAAAUCACGACAGACGAAUGGUGGGUGUCAAAGGAGAGACGUCUGCCCGGGACAAGCCCCGGGAACUCUCUUUUAUUGAAUAUUACAAACAUUGCCACAGGUGUGCUUGUGGCUGAUUGGUUGAUACAAACACAAAGCAUCUUGUUGCUGAUUGGUUAACAUAGGUACAAGGCGGGCAUUACAUAUUACAUUAAUCAGUGAUAGUUCAAAAGACUGGGAACGGAGCUGGAACUAGACAGGCAUGAAACCUCCUAAUUAAAUUAUAACUAAAGAUUGAUAUUGAGAGAACAUAACAUGAAGGAAUACAACAAUCACGUUCCGUAAAUGUGGUCAGCAAUGCAUUAAGAACAGGUCAGGAUACACUGUUUCAUGAACUCAAUGGGAACUGUUCAGAACAUUCUCAGACUCUUGUGCAGAAGCAGAGAAAAGAUUAUGAGCGAGACUUCCCAGAAUGCAAGAGUUAUGUGCAGUAAGAGAACUGCAGAAAGAGAACUUCACAGUGAGAGAACUGCAGAAAGAAAAACUUCCCUUCAUCUCCCCCUUUCUUUUCUUGUUUGCGAGGCAUUCCAGGUGGAUAAGGCAAAAAUACUUCGGGAUUAGUGGUGUGCCAGCGAAUGCCCGAAAUAAGCCUGCCAGGGUCGAUGGGACAAAAGUACUUCAGGAUACGUGGUUUGCCAGCGCAUGCCCAAAAUAAAUCCGCCCACAUCUCCCCUAUAGGUUUACUGUUGGUGUUGCCAUGUCGCAAUGUAAGCAGCACGGAGUUUACUGGGUGGUGGUGGGGGGGGAGAGAAGCCGAGAGAAAAGACUCAUGAGGCUAGGAACGCAUUGAAGGAAACAGCAUAGUAAAAUAAAAAUACAAAUUAUGAAAAUAGCAUAUUGAAAGAGACUACGAAGCCAAGUAAGGUUUGGCAACCAAGCGGUAAGCCACUGGGUGAAAGAAUCCCAGAGGCCAGGAAAACCAAUGUCCUGUUUAAUGUGAUGUGUAAGAUUUUGCAAAUGAGAGAUUUGACUUUGAAUGGCUCUUGAAUUGUCAGUAAUAUUGAAACAACACAUGUCAUUCACUUGUUCACAGCCAUAAUGAUGAAGCAUCAGCAAAUAGUGAUAGCAGCACGAUUUCGUAAAAGUCCAUUAUAUAAAAGUCCAUUAUAAAAGUCCACUCUGUUCUUUAUUCAAAAGGUGAAGGGCUUGAGGAGUAUAAUUCAGAGUUUUUGCUGCAUAACAAGCUAAAGAAGUAAUGUUCAUACGAUUCCGUACAGCCAAUCCAGGGACUCCUAAGAGAGAAACAGCUAAAGAGAUAUAUUCAGACCUACUGAGAAGAGAGACAAAAGCAUCACAAUCAUUAGUCAAUUCAAUAUUGCAGUGAUAUCGAGAGCGGGAUAAAUGAUGCUUCUUGGGUAAAAUGAUGGACAAACGGCUUAAACAGCAAGGUGUGCCAUGGCUGAUGUAUUGCUGGAAUGUAAUUAAACGUAUAGCCAGGACACGACCAGAAGAUUUCCAGUUGAGGGGAAGUGCAAGCUUACUCAUUAAAUUGAAUGGUAGCUUGUAAUUGUUGUAGUAAGUCUCUUCCCCACAGAUUGAGGUGGAUUUUCAGCACACAGGGCUGGAUGUAAGCAAUGGUUUCAGAGCUAUCAGGCAGAGAAACAGGCAGCCACUGUACGCUUUUGGAAGAGGUUUGGGGGCCACCCACACCCCAGACUGCAGAGGCAGACUCAAGGGGCCACGUGGGGUCCCAGCAACUACUAGAAAUUACAGAAACGUCUGCGCCUGUGUCAAUCAAGCCUUCCAGCACAAUACCAUUGAUUUUAUACUUACGAAGAAGUUUCUUCUCACCAAUCCUCUGGACUACAGCUAACAGCUGUGGAGGGAAAGAAGAGAGCUCGUGCAAAUUAGUAUCCAUAAUAGAAGCAGUAGGAUGAGAAGGGAGCACCACCAAAUGCGCCCAAGACUCACCCUUUUUAAUUGCAUGGGCAUAUGGCUCCAGAGUUGAACCAUUAUUGUGCCUACAUAGUCAGGAUCCAGAACUCCAGGAAUAACCUGGAUGCCUUCCUUUGCCGCAGAAAAUUUGGGUAAAAUUAAACCUGCGACUUUAGGAGGCAGGGGACCUGCCAAUUGAGUGGGCAUAAGCACAAUUUCACCAGGUAGAACAGAAUCUUUGGUCUCUUGAUUGAUCAAAUCAAUUGCAAAUUCAGAGGGUGUGUUCUUUGAAAAGUUUGCAGCAGCAGAAAUUAAAGGCGGAAAGCUCUCUAAUUUUCCUGGGCUCUCUAAUUUUCCUGGCCCGAGAGCGAGGCCGCAAUGCAGUUUUCCGAACUCCUGCAUUGAUUAGCCCAAUGAUAGCCUUUGCCACAUUUCGGGCAUUUUUUAGAAGGUUUAGCCUUAGAGGCAGAACCAUCCUUGUGUGCCCCCCCGCCUGGGGCUCUGCAUUGCUUGGCAAAAUGGCCUGGGCGCUUGCAAUUAAAGCAGUUACCAGUAGGCUUAGUGGUUGCUUGGAUUGCGCCGGCAAGCAAGGACAUCGCAUGGCUCUGGCUACCGACAUCCGCACAAGCUUGAAUCAUAUCGGCCAGUUCAUAUUUAGGGCGAUGUAUGAUUGACUGCAAAGCUUUCUUGCAAUCAGUGUUUGCGUUUUCAAAGGCCAAUUUUUUCAUCAAUUCAUUUUGAGCAGUGGUGUUAUCAAUCUGCCUAGUGACUGAUUCUUUCAAUCUAUCUAUAAACUGAUGGUAUGGCUCCGAAUGCUGUUGCUUAAUAUUCACAAAGGAGCUCAGCGGUUGCCCAGAAACAGGGACUUUCCGAAAGGCGCGUUGUACACAGGUCGCGGUGCGAACAAAAUGUACAGGUGUCAGUGUUGCUUGGGCAGUUAUAUCAGCAAACUGACCAGCACCAUAAAGUUCAUUGGCAGUAUGUUGAGGAUCAGACAGGGCUGAAGCGCUAUGUUUAAAUUCACUCUCAAACACCACAUACUGAGCAGGGGACAAAAGCAUGCGCAUCAGGUCUUUCCAGUCCUGAGGUAGCAUAAUGUAGCCAGUUGCUAUGCCUUCUAGCAUCCCUGUCACAUAAGAGGAUUUCAGACCAGAAUCAGCAAUGGCUUUCCUUAAUUCCCUCAUUACAGAAUAAGGAAGCGAUUCAUAAUAAAUCUGCUGUUGAGCAGUUCCAGGGUUUGAAUAAGAGAUAGGGAAAGCAGACGGCAUUUCACCUGGCCACUCAGACUCCUCCUCUAAGGACAGGAGCCCUUUUGCCUUGCCAGAGAGAGCGCAUCACGAACAGAUCCUAUAGAGCAAACAGGGGCUGUGGCAGGAGGAGGAGGGAUGGGGGGGGAGGAAUCAGGCUGAGGCGGAGGGAUGGGGGGGGGAUGCAGGCUGAUGAGGGUGAGAAGCAGGGAGGGAUUGGCUUGGAGAAGGAGGUAAAAGUUUAGGGUAGGGUGGGGAUUGUCUGCAAUGGCCAGAAGAGGAGACGCCUGGGGUCCCAAUUGGGGCCCUAAUUUAGCAACGGCAUCAGCACAUUUCUGCCAAGUGAGCAGACAAUGAAUCGGAGCCCUAGGUUCUGCAAAAAAGGGUCUUUCCGAUCUUUUGCCAAGUCUCUACGUCCAAAGAUCCAGCCUCUGGAUAAAAGACGCAUUGGCAAUUUAUCUCACAUAGCAAUUGUUCAAUUUCUUUUAAGGAGAUAUUAACACCCACCUCCCGCUGUCUAACUAAAUAAAGCAAUUCUUUAGCAUGCUCUUUCUGGAGCUUAGUCAAGUCCCCUCCCAUACUCACGAAGGUAGCGCGCUGAGACUUUUCCAGUCGGGUGAAGUAUGAGGUUUGGCUGCGUAAGGGAUCUGGCACGUCAGGGGUCACCAGAUGUUGGGUUGAAAUCACGACAGACGAAUGGUGGGUGUCAAAGGAGAGACGUCUGCCCGGGGCAAGUCCCGGGAACUCUCUUUAUUGAAUAUUACAAACAUUGCCACAGGUGUGCUUGUGGCUGAUUGGCUGAUACAAACACAAAGCAUCUUGUUGCUGAUUGGUUAACAUAGGUACAAGGCGGGCAUUACAUAUUACAUUAAUCACUGAUAGUUCAAAAGACUGGGAACGGAGCUGGAACUAGACAGGCAUGAAACCUCCUAAUUAAAUUAUAACUAAAGAUUGAUAUUGAGAGAACAUAACAUGAAGGAAUACAACAAUCACGUUCCGUAAAUGUGGUCAGCAAUGCAUUAAGAACAGGUCAGGAUACACUGUUUCAUGAACUCAAUGGGAACUGUUCAGAACAUUCUCAGACUCUUGUGCAGAAGCAGAGAAAAGAUUAUGAGCGAGACUUCCCAGAAUGCAAGAGUUAUGUGCAGUAAGAGAACUGCAGAAAGAGAACUUCACAGUGAGAGAACUGCAGAAAGAAAAACUUCCCUUCAAAAGGGUAAGAAAUAGAGUGUAGAAAGCUGGGGAAACUUUGGUCAUGAUCAAGGAAACACAUCAAAAUUGUAGCAAAAUUGUAGCACAAAGCAGAAGCAAAAGUGAAUGUCAUAGAUGCAGAAGACUUGGUCCAAAUGAUAUACAUGCUAACUUCAAUGUGUUUCAAACACUGCUUGUUCAUCAGGGGAUUAUUUUAAAAGGUGUAAAAAUUCAUAUGAGUUGCAUCCAAUUGGUGUUCAUCUGCACACAUACAUUCAAUUCUUUUGGUGUCCAAAAACAAGUAAAGAUGAUAAUAGAUUAUGAGAUGGGAUAAAAACCCUUUUCUUGCAUACUACUCUGUUAUCUGAGAUAUACAAAAAAUCUUUUGUAUACCACUAUGGAAAUAGAAAUGGAAAAAUAGUAUCUAAACUUCACAAAUGAGCAAAGAAAUUGCCCAGGCAAGCACAUUAUGUGACUCAUGAGAGCAGCAAAAUAACCAGACUGAACAAUGGUGAUGGGAUAAAAUCAGGCCAAAUCUUUAUUGAAAGAAGCACGUAUGUCAAGGGUUGGCAUGGCAUUUUGUACCAGGAUCAGUUCAUCAUUCCACAAGUCCCAUGUUGAUGGAAUAUAUCCACUGGGUUUAGAUGGCUCCAAAUCUUUACAAAAGGAGUCGGCUAGUGUUGAACCAAGCCGAGUUGCAAUGCAAGGAAGCAAGGUCUCACUGGGGAACCAGGAUGCAGAUUCCAACCAGGCAGUACUGAACCCACGCUUGGGUUUGCCAUGGUCAAUCCUAUCCUCAGGCACCUUAUGGGGGCAUCCUAUACUAUGUUGAUCCUGCCCAAUGCCAUUUCCUCCCUCAUACAAACAAUAUUAUUCUGCCUAACCAGGGAAAUCCAUGAUUUCACUGAGGCAAAGGUGAAGAAAAAACCCAACCAUGUGCCAAUCGGGUUGAGAGAAAAGAAAUCCUUUCCAGCCCUCUCAAAGCAAAAUGGCUGUGACCUCCAAGGGAAGAAGCCUUAUAUAGGCUUUCCCCUCCUAUCUGCAGCAAGGGCUCAUGGGCCAGAUUUUUCCCAGCAGUCCACCACCCAGAGACGAUACUGAACAAAACCUUGUCCAGUAUUUUGCUGCAAUCUGUGGGCCACAGCGCUCCUGGGCAAAGGUGUCCCAUGCUUAAUAGGCAUGGAAUGGGGCUUAUAAACAUAAAAUGUCUCUACUCUUAGCUCACUACCUUGCAGAUUCAACUAAUGGUGCAGAUGUUCAUCCACAGAGCUCUAAAAUACAUGAGAUCAUAACAUUUCCAGGAAGGUGAAUGGGAAUUCACAUAACCUCACUUUCCAUAGUUUGAGAAGACUGACACUAAAGGAAUACCCUAAAAUGAAUGGAUUAUUUUAGAUGUAGAAGAGAAAACAUGCUUGUGAAAUGUCUGGAAUCAAUUUGAAAUGAAGCCCAUGCCUUUUCUUUUUCAGACAUGAAUGCCUGUUCUACAUGCACUGCAAAAACCUAUCCAAGCAAAACCAGGGAUUUCUGUAUUCCCAAGUUCAUUUCCUUUUUAUCAUAUAAAGAACCACUGGGCAUCAGUUUGGCCUUCUUUGCUCUUUUCUUUUGUCUGAUAACAGUCUUGGUGCUAGGAAUAUUUCUGAAGCACCACAACACUCCCAUUGUCAAGGCCAACAACCGGAACCUUGCCUAUACUCUCCUUAUCUCAAUCCUGCUCUGCUUCCUUUCUGCAUUGCUAUUCAUUGGACAUCCUAAGCAGGUGUUGUGUCUCCUCCGACAAACCACUUUUGGCAUGAUCUUCUCUGUGGCUGUUUCUUGUGUGUUGGCAAAAACCACUACUGUGGUUCUUGCUUUUAUGGCCACCAAACCAGGUUCCAGGAUGAGGAAGUGGGUGGGGAAAACACUUGCCAAUGCCAUUGUUCUUUCCUGCUCCCUUGUUCAAGCAGGCAUUUGUACCGUAUGGUUGGUCACCUCUCCCCCAUUCCCAGAUGUUGACAUGCACUCAGUUGCUGAAGAAAUUAUAUUAGAAUGCAAUGAGGGGUCCAUGACUAUGUUUUACAGUGUUUUGGGUUAUAUCAGUUUCCUGGCCAUAAUCAGCUUUGUUGUGGCCUUCUUUGCCAGGAAAUUGCCCAAUUGUUUCAAUGAAGCCAAAUUCAUUACUUUCAGCAUGUUGGUAUUUUGCAGUGUUUGGCUCUCCUUUAUUCCAUCCUACCUGAGUUCAAAGGGGAAAUAUAUGGUAGCUGUGGAAAUCUUUUCUAUCUUAGCCUCCAGUGCUGGGCUCCUAGGUUGCAUCUUUCUCCCCAAAUGUUAUAUCAUUGUGCUGAGGCCUGCACUGAACAACAGGGAACAAUUAAUAAGAAGGAAAGUCUGAAUAAUCUCAAUGUCUUUGUGUUUUGCUAUUAUCUGCAACCCAGGGUAUCUUGUGUAUGAAUUAUCAUUCAGAGUGUUACUGUAUUGCUAGAGAAAGGCUCCUCUGAGUUAACAUAUGCCUUUAUGUUUCAUACAUCCCUGGUGGGGAGGAUGGGUUCAAUAAUGGAAUUUAAAACAUAACCCCCCUUCCUCUGAAAAAAUCCCCCAUAAUCUAUCCUAUUCAUAGAUUCAAGCAAAAGCACAUUUUGGCAGUGAGGGACAUAUUGAUUUUAGGGAGGUAUGCAUUGCUUAAUCAAAUAUCUUUCAGUGCAUAUGUUGGCAAGUGCUCCUUCAGCUCUCAAUCGUACUCCCUGGUUUUUAUAAAGAAUAUCAAGCUAGACCAGGUUUCCCAAACAUCCAGCUGUUUUUGGACUACAAUUCCCAUCAUCCCUGACCAAUGUGAUGUUCUCUGCUGUUGGGUUGAAAUCACGACAGACGAAUGGUGGGUGUCAAAGGAGAGACGUCUGCCCGGGGCAAGUCCCGGGAACUCUCUUUUAUUGAAUAUUACAAACAUUGCCACAGGUGUGCUUGUGGCUGAUUGGCUGAUACAAACACAAAGCAUCUUGUUGCUGAUUGGUUAACAUAGGUACAAGGCGGGAAUAACAUAUUACAUUAAUCACUGAUAGUUCAAAAGACUGGGAACGGAGCUGGAACUAGACAGGCAUGAAACCUCCUAAUUAAAUUAUAACUAAAGAUUGAUAUUGAGAGAACAUAACAUGAAGGAAUACAACAAUCACGUUCUGUAAAUGUGGUCAGCAAUGCAUUAAGAACAGGUCAGGAUACACUGUUUCAUGAACUCAAUGGGAACUGUUCAGAACAUUCUCAGACUCUUGUGCAGAGGCAAAACUUCCCAGAAUGUAAGAGAGAAAAGAAGGAAAAGUUCUAAAAGCAAGACUUUCCCACAAUGCGACAGUUAUGUGCAGUAAGAGAACUGCAGAAAGAAAAACUUCCCUUCAUCUCCCCCUUUCUUUUCUUGUUUGCGAGGCAUUCCAGGUGGAUAAGGCAAAAAUACUUCGGGAUUAGUGGUGUGCCAGCGAAUGCCCGAAAUAAGCUUGCCAGGGUCGAUGGGACAAAAGUACUUCAGGAUACGUGGUUUGCCAGCGCAUGCCCAAAAUAAAUCCGCCCACAUCUCCCCUAAGGUUUACUGUUGGUGUUGCCAUUUCGCAAUGUAAGCAGCAAGGAGUUUGCUGGGUGGUGGAGGGGGGGAGAGAAGCCGGGAGAAAAGACUCAUGAGGCUAGGAACGCAUUGAAGGAAACAGCAUAGUAAAAUAAAAAUACAAAUUAAAUAAGAAUACAAAUUAUGACAAUAGCAUAUUGAAAAAGAUUACGAAGCCAAUUCAGGUUUGGCAACCAAGCGGUAAGCCACUGGGUGAAAGAAUCCCAGAGGCCAGAAAAUCCAACGUCCUGUUUAAUGUGAUGUGUAAGAUUUUGCAAAUGAGAGAUUUGGCUUUGAAUGGCUCUAGAAUUGUCAGUAAUAUUGAAACAACACAUGUCAUUCACUUGUUCACAGCCAUAAUGAUGAAGCAUCAGCAAAUAAUCGAUAGCACGAUUUUGUAAAAGUCCAUUAUAUAAAAGUCCAUUAUAAAAGUCCACUCUGUUCUUUAUUCAAAAGGUGAAGAGCUUGUGAAAUAAAAUUCAAGGUUUUUGCUUCAGAACAGGCUAGAGAUUUAAUGUUCAUACGAUUCCGUACAGCCAAUCCAGGGACUCCUAAGAGAGAAACAACUAAAGAGAUAUAUUCAGACCUACUGAGAAGAGAGACAAAAGCAUCACAAUCAUUAGUCAAUUCAGUAUUGCAGCGAUAAAAUGAUGGACAAACGGCUUAAACAGCAAGGUGUGCCAUGGCUGAUGUAUGCAGGAAUGUAAUUAAACGUAUAGCCAGGACAUGACCAGAAGAUUUCCAGUUGAGGGGAAGUGCAAGCUUACUCAUUAAAUUGAAUGGUAGCUUGUAAUUGUUGUAGUAAGUCUCUUCCCCACAGAUUGAGGUGGAUUUUCAGCACACAGGGCUGGAUGUAAGCAAUGGUUUCAGAGCUAUCAGGCAGAGAAACAGGCAGCCACUGUACGCUUUUGGAAGAGGUUUGGGGCCACCCACACCCCAGACAGCAGAGGCAGACUCAAGGGGCCACGUGGGGUCCCAGCAACUACUAGAAAUUACAGAAACGUCUGCGCCUGUGUCAAUCAAGCCUUCCAGCACAAUACCAUUGAUUUUAUACUUACGAAGAAGUUUCUUCUCACCAAUCCUCUGGACUACAGCUAACAGCUGUGGAGGGAAAGAAGAGAGCUCGUGCAAAUUAGUAUCCAUAAUAGAAGCAGUAGGAUGAGAAGGGAGCACCACCAAAUGCGCCCAAGACUCACCCUUUUUAAUUGCAUGGGCAUAUGGCUCCAGAGUUGAACCAUUAUUGUGCCUACAUAGUCAGGAUCCAGAACUCCAGGAAUAACCUGGAUUCCUUCCUUUGCCGCAGAAAAUUUGGGUAAAAUUAAACCUGCGACUUUAGGAGGCAGGGGACCUGCCAAUUGAGUGGGCAUAAGCACAAUUUCACCAGGUAGAACAGAGUCUUUGGUCUCUUGAUUGAUCAAAUCAAUUGCAAAUGCAGAGGGUGUGUUCUUUGAAAAGUUUGCAGCAGCAGAAAUUAAAGGUGGGAAUCUCUCUAAUUUUCCUGGCCCGAGAGAGAGGCCGGGAUGGAGUUUCCCGAGCUCCUGCAUUGAUUAGCCCAAUGAUAGCCUUUGCCACAUUUCGGGCACUUUUUAGAAGGUUUAGCCUUAGAGGCAGAACCAUCCUUGUGUGCCCCCCCGCCAGGGGCUCUGCAUUGCUUGGCAAAAUGGCCUGGGCGCUUGCAAUUAAAGCAGUUACCAGUAGGCUUAGAGGUUGCUUGGAUUGCGCCGGCAAGCAAGGACAUCGCAUGGCUCUGGCUACCGACAUCCGCACAAGCUUGAAUCAUAUCGGCCAGUUCAUAUUUAGGGCGAUGUAUGAUUGACUGCAAAGCUUUCUUGCAAUCAGUGUUUGCAUUCUCAAAGGCCAAUUUUUUCAUCAAUUCAUUUUGAGCAGUGGUGUUAUCAAUCUGCCUAGUGACUGAUUCUUUCAAUCUAUCUAUAAACUGAUGGUAUGGCUCCGAAUGCUGUUGCUUAAUAUUUACAAAGGAGCUCAGCGGUUGCCCAGAAACAGGGACUUUCCGAAAGGCGCGUUGUACACAGGUCGCGGUGCGAACAAAAUGUACAGGUGUCAGUGUUGCUUGGGCAGUUAUAUCAGCAAACUGACCAGCACCAUAAAGUUCAUUGGCAGUAUGUUGAGGAUCAGACAGGGCUGAAGCGCUAUGUUUAAAUUCACUCUCAAACACCACAUACUGAGCAGGGGACAAAGCAUGUGCAUCAGGUCUUUCCAGUCCUGAGGUAGCAUAAUGUAACCAGUUGCUAUGCCUUCUAGCAUCCCUGUCACAUAAGAGGAUUUCAGACCAGAAUCAGCAAUGGCUUUCCUUAAUUCCCUCAUUACAGAAUAAGGAAGCGAUUCAUAAUAAAUCUGCUGUUGAGCAGUUCCAGGGUUUGAAUAAGAGAUAGGGAAAGCAGACGGCAUUUCACCUGGCCACUCAGACUCCUCCUCUAAGGACAGGAGCCCUUUUUGCCUUGCCAGAGAGAGCGCAGCACGCACAGCUCCUAUAGAGCAAACAGGGGCUGUGGCAGGAGGAGGAGGGAUGGGGGGGGAGGAAUCAGGCUGAGGCGGAGGGAUGGGGGGGGAGGAUGCAGGCUGAGGAGGGUGAGAAGCAGGGAGGGAUUGGCUGGGAGAAGGAGGUAAAAGUUUCGGGUAGGGUGGGGAUUGUCUGCAAUGGCCAGAAGAGGAGACGCCUGGGGUCCCAAUUGGGGCCCUAAUUUAGCAACGGCAUCAGCACAUUUCUGCCAAGUGAGCAGACAAUGAAUCGGAGCCCUAGGUUCUGAAAAAGGAUCUUUCCGAUCUUUUGCCAAGUCUCUACGUCCAAAGAUCCAGCCUCUGGAUAAAAGAUGCAUUGGCAAUUAAUCUCACAUAGCAAUUGUUCAAUUUCUUUUAAGGAAAUAUUAACACCCACCUCCCGCUGCCUAACUAAAUAAAGCAAUUCUUUAGCAUGCUCUUUCUGGAGUUUAGUCAAGUCCCCUCCCAUACUCACGAAGGUAGCGCGCUGAGACUUUUCCAGUCGGGUGAAGUAUGAGGUUUGGCUGCGUAAGGGAUCUGGCACGUCAGGGGUCACCAGAUGUUGGGUUGAAAUCACGACAGACGAAUGGUGGGUGUCAAAGGAGAGACGUCUGCCCGGGGCAAGUCCCGGGAACUCUCUUUUAUUGAAUAUUACAAACAUUGCCACAGGUGUGCUUGUGGCUGAUUGGCUGAUACAAACACAAAGCAUCUUGUUGCUGAUUGGUUAACAUAGGUACAAGGCGGGAAUAACAUAUUACAUUAAUCACUGAUAGUUCAAAGACUGGGAACGGAGCUGGAACUAGACAGGCAUGAAACCUCCUAAUUAAAUUAUAACUAAAGAUUGAUAUUGAGAGAACAUAACAUGAAGGAAUACAACAAUCACGUUCUGUAAAUGUGGUCAGCAAUGCAUUAAGAACAGGUCAGGAUACACUGUUUCAUGAACUCAAUGGGAACUGUUCAGAACAUUCUCAGACUCUUGUGCAGAGGCAAAACUUCCCAGAAUGUAAGAGAGAAAAGAAGGAAAAGUUCUAAAAGCAAGACUUUCCCACAAUGCGACAGUUAUGUGCAGUAAGAGAACUGCAGAAAGAAAAACUUCCCUUCACUCUGCAAUGUCAGCCCCCACCCCAAUCUCCUUCUCAAGUCAGCAUGUCUGAUACCUAUUCAUUUGUUCCAAAUAUUUACUAGGCUUCAUAAAGCAUUCUGUUUUUCAUACUAGGUUCAAGUCUUAAAAUGUGGGAUAAUACCGUUGAGCAUCUACAGCUGGGAUGGGCAACCUUUUUGAAGAUAUCUUUCCAUGUUUUCACAAUGCACCACUGUGGUAAUAUUUGAAAGACUGAAACUAGGUAGAGGGUGACUACCACACACACCUCAUUAUAACAGAUAAUUGGAUGGAAAUUCCCUAGACAAUACACACUAACACACUUCUACAAUUUCCAGCAUUAGCAUAGUGGCAUAAAUUAAAUACAUGCAACAUAAUAUCCAUGUCUUCAUCCCAUAGCACCCUGACAGCAUUUGAAUGUCCAUGGUAGCAUACAAAAUAUUGCAAAUAGGUGGAGGAUCUUUCAAACCUAGUUAUAGGCCUCCUUUCCCAGUCUAGUGAAAAUUGGAUGGAUGCACAUAGGUCACUGAAUGCACCAUUAUGCUCCUAUGAUAUUCAACAUUAACGCGGUGGUAUAUGGUUAAGUUAUUCAACAAUGGUUCAAGAUUCAUUUUCAGUUACAAUACAGUGGUGCCCCGCAAGACGAAUGCCUCGCAAGACGGAAAACCCGCUAGACGAAAGGGUUUUCCGUUUUGGAGGUGCUUCGCAAAAUGAAUUUCCUAUGGGCUUGCUUCGCAAGACGAAAAUGUCUUGCGAGUUCCUGCGGGUUUUUUUCCUCCCCCCCCUUUUUCCCAAGCCGCUAAGCCGCUUAUCAGCUGAUCCGCUAAGCCGCUAAGCUGCUUAUCAGCUGAUCCGCUAAGCCGCUUAACAGCUGAUCCGUUAAGCCACUAAGCCACUUAUCAGCUGAUCCGCUAAGCCGCUAAGCCGCUUAUCAGCUGAUCCGCUAAGCCCGCUAAGCCGCUAAUAGCGCUAAUCCGCUAAACCGCUAAUGGGCUUGCUUCGCAAGAUGAAAAAACCGCAAGACGAAGAGACUCGCGGAACGGAUUCUUUUCGUCUUGCGAGGCACCACUGUAUAUAUGUACAUAUAGAUGUAUAUAGGUGGAUAUAUAUACAUAUAGAUAUAUAUAUAGAUUUACAUCUAUCUAUACGGAUCUAAAUUGAUUUUUCUCAAGAUUAACAUUCUGCUAUUUCAUCUCUGGAUUAGGUUAAGCCUCUUUCUGUAUGUAGUGAGAGUUGCCAUCACGGUUCUAGCAAGAAAAUGAAAGAGGGGGAGCCAUUUUGCUGCUAUGAUUGCACCCCAUGUCCAGAAGGGAGGUUUUCAGAGCAGGAGGGAAAGAAAUAUGUGUGUAAAGUUAUUGUGCAAUUGGAUCAGAAUGUAGAGGACACAUCAAAGUUCAGCAUCACAAAGCGAAAACAAAUGAGAAUGAGGAGGAUGCAGCAGACUAAUUUAUUCCUCCAAAUCGCAUAUAUAUAAAUCCCAACAAAAUUCAAACACCAGACCUUCCUUAGGAUACCGUAAAAAAAAAGUAUAUUAAAAUAUUUCAAUAAAUGUUGUGAAAAUUGUUUUGCAUGCCCAGGCGCCGACUGCCCCAGCUCCCAGGGACCACCAGAAAGGAAAAAAGACUUGUGAUAACGUUUUAUGGAAUUAAAAUUUGGCCACAAUUUUAUUAAACUUUUAAAUGUAGGAAGACCUCGGCUUAGGCAUUGGGCGUGUAUCCCUCCCAGCCCCACAGCCAGGGAGGAACUGGGGCUCAUCAGGGUAAAUGGGAUAUGGGGGUGCCCUGCAGGCAGCCCACCCCAUAUCCCCACAAGGAAGGUAGUUCAAUGACAACCUUUCAGUGUAUGGCCAGUGACACCCAUAAUAAAACCCCUUUAAGAGUUGCUGGAAUUGCUGCUGGGGGGGGGGGGCGGUGAGUCACCACUUCACCCCCACCACCAUUUAGGGAAGAAAAGACUAAAGGAUUCUGCCCAAGGCUUUAAACUGCUAAAGUUGUGACGAAUUGCUACAGGGAAGACAAAACCUGCCAAUGCAGGAAAAUUUCUUCCUGGUUCUUCAACAGCAACCAGUCAAAAGACCGUAGCAGUGCCCGCUAAACAGGAAGAAAAAGGUUAACCUGCAAACCAGAAACAUUAAACAAAGGGAGGGGUUGGGUGGGUGAAGCUCCUGAGCUGACUGCCUGGCUGCUGCCGGCUCCACCCCCUAUUUAUGCAACUGGCCCCACCUCCCAGCAGUGUAAAUUGACUAACUGAGGCUGGCAGUGAACCUCCAAAGAAUAACACUGAGAAGCAAGCCAGCCUAUACAACUGGUAAUUUCCCUGGGGUCCAAAGCGCCAUGCGUGAUCCCGCAAAGGGCACCCACAGUGUAAAGUGUGAGUGCUCAUUCUAGCAAAUCCCAUUUGACAUGUAUUGGACUUGCUAUGUGGUUCUAUCAGUUAUCCUCUCACACUUGUUAUAUGUUCAGGUGUUUCUUUAAGUCAAAAUAAAUUGCAUAUAAAAUAACUGUUAAUAGUAGUAUCUAAAUGGAAUAUUCAUUCACCUGCUAGUCAACAAUCAGUAGGUAAAAAAGGAUAGCCUAUGUGUUCAGGGGAGGCGGAAUCACGUGCAGAUAUGAGUGAAUUGGGUCAUCCUUUCUGCAAGUCACUCGUUCUGCAUCCAGUCCCCCCUGAAUAAUACAUAGAAUACAUGGGAACCUGAAUACAAAUAAAUGCACAGAAACAAGUUGGUUUCUUGAGACUGGAAAUUUUGGCAUUAGAUAAAUAGAGCUGAAAUGAAAUGGGCAAACUUUAGAGAUCUAGCCAUUCACAAUGGUUUUCACUAGUAGUUUCCUCUGACAACCAAUAAAGGUAGGCAUGAGGUUUAAAUACUACAAGUGUUUCAGUUAAAAGUGUUGUAAACGUCAUAUGAGAAACUGGGUUGGCAAAAUUGGACUCCACAUGCCAUCUGGUGUCACAGGGUUAUAAUGAAUAUACAAUGCUUAUAAAGCGCUUUUUCUUUCUCAAUGUAGCUGAGUCCCUAAUUGCUUCCAGACUACAGCCAACUUGUCCUUCUCUGAGACAUUCUCCUUGCCUUCAGCUACAGGUUGCAUAGUCCAAGCCCUUUAACUUCCCAUCCACAUUGUGGAUCUCUCUGGCCACCCCUUCCUUUUGGUUACCUGGCAGCUGGGCUCCAGGGACACUUGCAGGCUCCAAUAGCAUUUCACCAGGCAAGGUUCCCACCUCACAGAGAGCCAUACUUUUCUCUACAAGGAGACUUCUCGUGCACUCUGCUUGCAGCUGCUUCAGUUCACUGAAGCACUGGUUCUGCCACUGCCCCAUUAGGUCAAGCUGCAGGCUUUGUCAUUGCUCCAUUCCCUCAUGCUGCCUUUGCUGCUUUAGCAUCGACUUGAAUUGCUCAAGAAGUGUUGCUGGCACUGUCAUCCAAUAAAACUGAAUGUUGGAAAAACCAUGCCAGUCAAAAGCAAGUACAUUGGGGGGGGGGCAUGAAGUUAUGGGCGCCCUCCAUUACCUCAUGCUGCCUUUGCUGCGGUAGCAUCAACAUGAACUGCUCAAGAAGUUGGCAGAUCCAUGCCAGUCAAAAUAAAGUACAUUUUGGGGCCCUGAAGUUUGAAUGGGGGGGGGGGCAUCCUAACCACCUCCAUGGAAAAAGAAAAAACCUCUGUUCAGAUGCCAUACACUUUUUUUUUUUUUUGCAACUCCAUUUGUGAACACCAAUAUUAAGUUGAUGAUUACCUACUCCUGUAAUUAUGAAAAGGGCUGUAAUUAAUUCAACUACUUGGCGAAGCUCCUCCUCAAGGAUUUUCAGUGGAGAAAAGCAAAAGUAAUAACACAGUGGAUGAAGGAUAAUAUAAAUAAUCACUUUAUAAGUUAGUUGUAGAAGCAGGAACUCAGAAAAAUCAAGGAAUUACCUGUUUGAGUCUCCUAAGAUGGAAUAGAACAAUCUGUGUUUGGAGAGAUAAUUGGUACUGAGGAUGGUGAUAUUAGUAGUCUUGAUACUUGUACUACUUUCUCACAUGGCAUGCAAGUUUCACAAUAACUGCAUGGUAAGAGAUCCACACAAUCCACUUCACGAGUAUCAUCAGUUGAGAGGCAACAUAAUUGGUGGCAUCACUUCUCAGACCUUCAUAAUCUCCAACUCGCUAACCUUCACUAGAGCACCUCCACCCGUGUUGUUUGAAGAGCUCGCGUAAGACCUUGUUGUUAUUGUUUGUUGUUUCUAUUUCUGUUUCCACUAAGAAUGUGAAUUACAGUCUUUGCCCAAGUUUGUCAAACAAUUUUCAAGUGGUGAACUUGAAAUAUUAAUUUAAUUAUAUUCAGAAUGGAGACUGAUCAAGUUCAUCUGGUUUUGACAAUCGUAGUGAUGGCUUCCUCCAUUUAAACAUUUUAGAAACUACUAUCAAUGAAGGCAGAAAUAUUAAUGAAUCCGUGAUAAGCUUUCUUAAUUUCUAUUUCUUACCACUUGCUCUGAUUGAUGUCAUUUGCAAUUUCAAAAUGUCUUUGUAAGAGAGCUAGGAUUGUGUGUAUGUUUGUUGAAUUCAAAGCUAAGUCUUUAUAUAUUUGUAAAUAAUAAGGAAGGAGAUGCCAAGGGAGAACAACAGUUUUACAAGACACGGUAGUUUCUCCAAAUACAGAAUACAACUCUGAUUCUAGUGCAGUUAUCACCAAACUCUGAACAUGUUCUUAAAUUGUAGAUUUCACCUUAAACUGGUGCUGGUACCAAGAACUUAUAAAGUGUUCUGUAUUCUGAGGCUUUCAAAAGAAAGAAAGAAAGAAAGAAAGAAAGUAAGAAAGAAAGAAAGAAAGGGAGUAGGUGUUCACAUGACCUAUGGAAAAUGUAACUUGAAAAAAGAGACAUUGCGCAUACCUUUGUAAACCAAGAAAACUUUAAUAAAAAAAAUACAGCCUUCUGAAAAUGUCAAAUCGUAUGGUUCUUGAUAACACAUGGAACCUUGUAUUGGUAAUUUAUAAAUAAAGUAUAUUAAGUGCAUUGUUGUAAAGGAGAAUACAGUUGUCUAAGAUAUGAGCAACCCACCAAAGGCUAAGCAUUGCCUAAAGACAGUUUGUACAUAAAUACUGCAAAGAAUAUAAGGAAGGAGAGCCAGUACAACAUAGUACAUAUUUUACAAUGUGGGGGAUGUUCUAAUAAGCUGUACUGUCUUUAGUGUAGUGCCUAAGUAUUACCAGCACAUCCUGGCUUUGGCAUUUGCUGUAAAGGAGAUAAAUGAAAACUCUCAGAUUUUACCCAAUACUUCCUUGGGCUUCCACAUUUACGACAGUUACUUCAAUGCAAAGAGUACCUAUCAUGCCACAAUGCAGCUUAUGUCUUCAAAAGAAAAAAUAGUUCCCAACUACAUAUGUGACAUUCGGAAUAAAUUAAUAGCGGUUGUUGGGGGACUGGAGCCUCUAAUUUCUCGUUAUAUUGCAACUGUCUUGGAUAUCUACAAGAUUCCACAGGUAGGUUGUGUAGAUGUCUCUAUUUCUUUGUGGAAUAUGGGUUUCAUCCAUUUAAAUGCUUAUUUUCACCACACAGAAAAGAUUGUGGGUGUGGAAACAAGUGGUUGAAAGCAUGUGGGAAAUAUUUCUUUGUGUAGGAAUGUAAAAUGGAAGCUGAGAUACAGGUAUUCAUAAAUGAGAGGCACCUACAGAAGAAAGUACAUUCUCUAGUGAUAGAAGGUAGGUGGAAGGCAGGCAUAUCAGCAAUAAUUACAGCCAGAGCCAAUGACAGGCAGAGAAAUCACCUGACUUGUAAGUAAGAGGCAAGCAGGUGUAGACUUUCUGAGAAAAGGCAGCACCCCAUUUUACCUACUGAACCAGCCUCCAUUGAAAAUGUUCUUGUGCAUGUAAUUAAAAAUUUAUGCAUCAACUUUUUGAAGAAAGGGAUUACGUGGGCCAAAGUUGGGCUCCUAUUCAUUCAUUCAUUCAUUCAUUAAUAUUUCCUUCACUUAGCUCAUAUAUGGCCCUGCUCCAGUGAUGAAUGAUAAAACCACAGGCCUUUCCUUCUACCAAAUGUCUCCUAAAGAUGCUCUUCAGCAUGCAGGCAUUCUGACUUUGCUUCUCCAUUUCAAUUGGACAUGGAUUGGGAUCCUUACAUCCAAUGAUGAAUAUGGAGAAAGAUUUGUGCAGACAGUGUUUCCAGUAUUCUCCAGAAAGG